CGAUUUUCCCCCCAACUCACGAUCAGCUCACCCUGCACGUCACUUUCCCCUCUUUGUUUGCCCAACCCACAAUUUUCCAAACCCACUUUUCUUUCUAUUUUAUCAUGGGAUCACUUGCAAUUCUCUAAAGCAUCAGACUUUGUGUUCCUCUCUACAACCUAGGGUUUCAUUCUUUCUUCUUCUCAAGGACAAAUUUGACAGUGAUGAUAUAAAUGAUCAACGAGAUCAUGUCUUGAAACAUAUGAGAAUUUAUGGAACAAUUGGAGAGGAACGAUGCACAAGAAUAUUAAGUCUAAGCCAUUCCGUUAUGCUCUAAAAGAUGUGCCAGAGGGGGUAGACAAGAGUGAUUGGGAAUGGCUAGUCAAGGAGCAUUUUCUUACUGAAAAAUUUAAGGAGACAAGUACAAGAAACUCGGUCAAUAGAUCUAAGUUGAGUAUGCCUCAUCGUACGGGUAGUAAGCCAAUUAGGGAGAUCAUUAAUGAAUUGGGAGGUAAAGAUGGUAAUCCACCAGAUGUGGCAACUAUUUUUUUUGAGACUCGUAAAAAGAACAACAAGCUUGUCGAACCUGAAAACAAUGAGAAAUAUGAUAAAAUCAAAGAAUUGGUGCAAUCUGAAUCGUCUCUUACAAACAUUGAGGUUGUAGAACGGUGCUUCGGACCUCAACGAAAGAGCCAUAUAGUUGGAUUUGGUGGUGGGAUAACCGCUAAGGAGUUGAAAGGUGGUAACUCCUCUAAAGCUGUAUUGUUGGAAAAGCUGAAUGCUACUCUAAAGAAAAUGAAUUACUAAAAGGACGUUUGGAUGGGCUAGAGAGUAAAUAUGAUGAGCUAGGGAGUAAAUACGCACAACUUGCAAAAAUAGUGUUUGAUCAGCCUUCAUCACCAUCUUCAAGUGAUCAAUAGAUUGAAUCAUUUAACAGAUCAAAAAAUUGAAGUCCGAAGAACCUAUCCUUGAAGAAAGUGUAAAGCAAGUUGAAGUAUAAGAGGUUUUGGUUCGUCAGCGAUGGUUUAAAGACACUGUCUUAUCAUGUACAUAUAUAUGCUGCAAUUUUACUUUCUCUUUUUAGGAAUUGUUCAAAAUGAUGCUUGACUCACCUCACUUUAUGCUUCAAGUAGCCUCCUGGCUGAUUUGCAUUAUUUUUACUAAGAUGGGUUUCUUACGAA